AUGUCUUCCUGCGACCUGUGUCCACCCACCACCUGUGGCCCAACCCCGUUGGCCAACAGCUGCAACGAGCCCUGUGUCAGGCAGUGCCAAGACUCAACCUACAUCAUUCAACCUCCUCCCGUGGUGGUCACCCUGCCUGGACCCAUCCUCAGCUCCUUCCCCCAGAACACUGCUGUGGGAUCCACCACCUCUGCUGCUGUGGGCAGCAACCUCAACUCCGAGGGAGUGCCCAUUUCAUCUGGCAACUCUUCAGGAUUUGGGAGCUUUGGUUACCCAAGCCUGAGCAGUGGGAACAGCCGACCCGUCCGUCGCUACUACCGCAGUGGCUUUAGCGAGCUGUGA